AUGGGCAGGAAGUUCUUCGUCGGCGGCAACUGGAAAUGCGUGAUUUCUCAUUAUGCACACAUUUUGUUUCAGUUUGUUGCCGAUAAGGUUGCAUAUGCACUAGCUCAAGGUUUGAAGGUGAUUGCUUGUGUUGGUGAGACUCUCGAGCAGCGAGAAUCUGGCUCGACCGUGGAGGUUGUGGCUGCACAAACCAAGGCCAUUGCAGCAAAAGUGUCAGAUUGGACCAAUGUUGUAUUGGCCUAUGAGCCCGUGUGGGCCAUUGGAACUGGCAAAGUUGCAUCUCCAGCUCAGGCUCAGGAAGUGCAUUUUGAAUUGAGGAAAUGGCUUCAAGCAAACGUAAGUCCUGAAGUUGCUGCAACAACCAGGAUCAUUUAUGGAGGGUCUGUGAAUGGUGCAAACAGCAAAGAGCUGGCAGGUCAGCCCGAUGUUGACGGAUUUUUGGUUGGUGGAGCUUCUUUAAAGCCUGAGUUUAUUGACAUUAUCAAGUCUGCGGAGGUGAAGAAAAGUACCUAAAGCGUUGAACCUGAUGAGAGUAGUGUGACUCUAGAUCUCUUGUCUGGGUGGUAGAGAAUCUAUUCCGCACAAUUUUACAGAUACUCUUUUGAGGAAAUAAUUAUGCUUUUUUUCCUUCUUUUUGUAUUCCGAUCAGCACCUGGAUUUGGGUUUUUCUGUAUUAAUAAAUUUUCUUAUGUGCCAAAGCUUUCAAGUAUCUUUGGUCAAGAGUUCCGAAUUUUCAA